AAUUAAAACCACAGGAAAGUAUAUGAGUUCCCUUUAUUGAGAAGAAACCAGUGUUCAUAAACUAGGGACUCGUGGACAAGCUUCAGAUGGGCUGCUCUGAAACCGGUGCCGGGGCCAGGACUGAGUGAGGCGGUGGGAUGAUGUGACAGCAGCUCCGCUUCCUGGCAUCACCUGCCCCAGAGCCGGGCACACCUUUUCGUGAGCCAGCUCCUCGGACUCACAGCAAACCUGCGAGUGGGACACGCACCCUCAUUCACAGGAAGAGCUCGCUGACCGUUCGGGCCAUGGACUGUGUCACCUCCACGGCCGUCCUGUCCCUGCUGCUCGGCUGCGUGGGCGUCUUCGGCUUCUUCAAGCUGCUGCAGGGCCUGCGGACGAAGGCCCACCUCCAGGACGCCGUGGUGGUCAUCACGGGCGCGACCUCGGGCCUGGGGCGAGAGUGCGCCAAGGUCUUCCACGCCGCGGGCGCGAAGCUGGUGCUCUGCGGCCGGAACAGAGAGGCCCUGGAGCAGCUCACCAAAGAACUCGCCGCUUCUCGGGCCUCCGAGGUGCAGACACACACGCCUCGCAUGGUGACCUUCGACCUGGCGGACACCGGGGCCACCGUCGCGGCCGCAGCUGAAAUCCUGCAGUGCUUCGGCCACGUGGACGUGCUCGUCAACAACGCGGGGGUCAGCUACCGCGGCACCAUCCUGGACACCCCCGUGGACGUGGACAGGAGAGUCAUGGAGACCAACUACUUCGGCCCCAUCGCUCUGACGAAAGCGCUCCUGCCCUCCAUGGUCCAGCGGCGGCGGGGCCACGUGGUCGCCAUCAGCAGCGUGCAGGGCAAGAUCAGCGUCCCCUUCCGGUCGGCCUAUGCAGCCUCCAAACAUGCAACCCAGGCCUUCUGUGACUGUCUGCGCGCAGAGCUGGAGCAGCACGGGGUCGCCGUGACCGUGCUCAGCCCCGGCUACAUCCGCACCAACCUCUCCCUCAACGCCAUCGCCGCCGACGGCUCCAGAUACGGAGUUAUGGACGAGACCACCGCCCAGGGCCGAGUGCCUGCGGACGUGGCCCGAGACGUCCUGGCUGCCGUGGCGAAGAAGAAGGAGGACGUGGUCCUGGCCAGCCUGGCGCCUUCCUUGGCCAUUUACCUGCGAACGCUGGCGCCCGCGCUCUUCUUCCGCCUCAUGGCCUCCCGGGCCCGGAAGGAGCAGAAGCCCAAGGACUGCUAGUGCCACCGCAGGGCUGUUGUCCUGGGUGCCUGUCGGGUGGAGGCCGGAGGCACGUCCCCUGCAGAGCCCUGGCCGGCCUGCUGGGCGAGACCGGAGCACAGCGGCAACAGGCCUCCCGCGGCGAGGCCGGCCCUGAGGAGUAAGGAGCUGGGUUUUAAUGCGGAGAACAUGAAAUAAACGAAUGGACACAUGAGCCCUAGUCCUUGAGGGCUAGAGAACUGUGCCUCCCUCAGAUCCCAGCUUCCGCCGGCUCCCAGAACGGGUUUCCAUCUGGAAACCAGCAGACAUCCUGACGGCGCCUCGGCCUCGCUGUCCACGUCUGACUCACCCGGCACCACUCUCCUAAUGGCUUGGCCCCAGGGGAGAAGCCUGUGUGUAAGAGCCGUCCUUCCCUCCACCCCAGGCCCUGCAGUGUCCCCUUCAGCCCAGCGGGGGCUAAUGUGACCAUCACUGACCUCCCAGUGGCACCAGCUCUAGGACCAGAAAAGGGUUCCCAUUUCCCUACUGACCACCCCCUCCCCCAGCCCGCCCCCCAGCCCUGCAGGACCAGGCACCACUCCCAGAGGAGAUGCACUAAGGAGACCGCGUCUAGGGGAAAAGGACACGUGGUCCACGUGUCCUCUGGUGUGAGGCUCAGAAUCCGGUCGGGGGCGGGGACUCUUUUUAAAAAAAUAUUUUUGAUUUCAGAGAGAAAGGGGGAGGGAGAGAGAUAGAAACACCAAUGAUGGGAGAGAAUCAUUGAUCGGCUACAUCCUGCACUUUCCCCACUGGGGAUCAAGCCCGCAACGCAGGUAUGUGCCCUGACGGAAUGAACUGUGGUCUCCUGGUUCACAGGUCGACGCUCAGCCUCUGAGCCCUGCGGCCAGGCUGGGGGCGCUCUCUGCAGCAGCGUCUGCUCCCUGGUGGAAGCAGCCACUUGGCUGUGACGGUUGAGAGUAGCCAGAGAGGGUGCCUGUGGCAGACUUACUACCACUCCAUGGUUGAGGUUCCUUCGGUCAGCUUCACACCUCAGUUCAGAACGAAACUUCCCCUAUUGCAGCUGACAGUGGAAAUGGGGGUCCACUGUAUAGGCUUCCCCGCCUUGGAGUAAGUCCCUCGCACGUCACUGUAUCCUGCCCUCCAUCCUAACUGGACUAUGGAGCUUGCCGUUUCAGCAGCCCCUCCCCAGUGACAAUGGCCAGAGCAGCCUGUGAGUCGGUGUUCAAGGCUCACAAGUUUCCUGAAAGUUGGAGGACGAGAAGUGGGUUGGAUGUGCUGACCUACCCCAGGGCCCACGCGCCCACACAUCCAUCCCAGGACCCAUGGCUGGAAUGUGACACAUGGCUUUUCACUUUCCUCAGAAACCAGCUCCCUCCCUCCUGGUGUCGGGAAAGGCCGGCAGUGCCACUCUGAUGCCUGGCUGGUCAGACAUGCCAACGCCAGCAUCCCUCAGAGGCAGCCAGGAAGCUGUCUCUGUAGAUGGGUGAGAACAGCUCUCCCUGGACACUGCUUGGCUGGUACUUUCUAAAGGGCCCUGUCUGGGUGCUGUCCUUUCCUCUCCAUUAAGUAAAUGGCCAGCAGCUGGGGCCGAUGGGGGGCACUGCCCUCCAGGCGGCGGCCAUGGUGGUGGCUGUGUGUGGAGGUGAGUGGUUUGGGAGCAGCUGCAACAGUGGCCUCAGGUGUAGGCUGGGAAGCAGCUUGGAGCAGACAAAAAGGGUCUCAACUUAUAUAUGACACGUGAAUCACACUGAAUAUCACUGAGUGUUUACUUGCCUAACGUUCUUCUAUGGUUUUUAAAAUAUAUUUUUAUUGAUUUCAGAGAGAAGGGGAGAGAAACAUCGAAGAGUCAUUGAUCAGCUGCCUUCUGCACCCCUCACACUGGGGAUGGAACCUGCAACCGCGUAUGUGCUCUGACUGGGGAAUCAGACCUCCUGGCUCAUAGGUCGAUGCUCAACCACUGAGCCCCAUGGGAUGAGCUGCCUAACAUUUUUUUUUACAUAUGCAGCUCACUGUCUAAGGCUUAUUAUAGAAACUUUGUAUUCUGCCGUAUAAACAGAAAGUGAUAGAAUACAAACAAAUCCAUUAAAACUAGCUAGGUCCACCGUCUGCCUGGCUCUCGGGUUGGCAGGGUCUGAGGUACCACAGGUGUGCUCGCACCACAGAUGCUCUGCCCUCAGCAACUAGGAAGCGGACUAAGGGGCCAGUGGCUCAGGCAGGGCUCUCUGACGCCCAGGUUGCACCUAAGCCCUCCUGGGUGCCGCUCGCUGGAGAGCAGGCUUGGUAAAGGUGGGGCCUGUGGAGCUGUGACGUGGAUGGCAGUGAGCCCCUGUCUGAGGGUGAGUGCACCCCGCACAAGAGCAUCCCACAGAGGGGAGCUGGGCUCAAACCCACGUUUGAAUGUCUGUCCCCAGGGGUAGUGGUGUCCAGUUUCUCUCUUCCAUCCUUGAAGGUGGUUUUCCCAUCUUUUAUUCUUGCUUCUGAUGGGUAGGUUGGAAAAGCACAUUCUUAGUUCUGCCUUCAGAUAAAGUUCAAAGACACCUUCCACUUUACAA